AUGUCUGGUACAGCUCCAGUGGUUCUCAUUCUCGGUUCGGGGUCGAACGUUGGAAAUCAUGUGGCCCAGACCUUCGCUGCAAAGGGCUACCAGGUGGCUCUCGCAUCGAGAAGCCUGAAAGAAGAAGACAGCACAGCUGACCACCUUCAUAUCUCGAGUGAUUUCUCUGACCCUGAGUCUGUGAUCAUGACAUUCUCCAGAGUCAGGGAACUGUUGGGUACUCCGGGUGUAGUCGUUUACAAUGCUGCUGCGGCUACCUUUAAUGAUGCGAAUGAUCCUCUCGCUCUCCCUUUGACCAACUUCGCUCGGGACUUGACUAUCAACACAACCAGCGCCUUCGCGGCCGCCCAGCAGGCAGCCUUGAGCUUCACAGACCUCCCCGACUCUGCAUCCAAGACUUUUAUCUACACUGGCAAUAUUCUGAACACCAAGACCCUUCCAGUCUUCUUGGAUCUGGGUGUUGGAAAAUCUGCAACUGCACACGUCAUCGAGUCUGCUGCUAAGGCUUAUUCCGAUCGCGGAUUCAAGUUCUAUUAUGCCGACGAAAGAAGAGCCGAUGGAACACAUGUAGCUAAUGAAAUCAGCGGGGAGGCACAUGGUAAAUUCUACCUUGAGCUCGCUGAGAGCACAUCGCAAGGUCCUUGGCAACAGACCUUCGUGAAGGGUGUUGGAUACAAGAAGUUCUAA